AUGGCUGCCACUCAGUGGCCGCAACAGUAUCAGCAGUAUCAACAGCUGCCUCAGCAUUAUCAGCAGCCUCAACAAUACGCACAAGGCCAACAGUACCAGCAACCCCAGCAGUAUCAGUAUCAGCAUAAUCCGCAAUAUCAGGCACAGCAAUACCAACAACCUCAGCCCACUCAGCAGUAUCAGCUACCGCCGAAUUCUCAGCCUAUGCAACAAUAUCAGCAAAACCCACCACAAGGCUACCCUGUGCAGCAGUAUCAGCAGAACCAACAACAUCAAGCACAGCGACAUCAGCAACCACAGCAAGGUCAACCGAGACAGCAGUAUCCGCAAGUUCAACAAGGCCCGUCAGCGCAACAGUAUGCGCAAUCUCAACAAAGCCAGCCAGCGCAACAAUACCCGCAGCAGCAGUCUCAUCAACCUCAACAAGGACAAAAUGGCUACCAUCAUCAAUAUGCACCGCAGCAUUACCAAUCACGACAGUACGCACCCCAGCUGCAAGGUUCUCCUCCCCAGCAUGACUCCUCUCCUGUUCAUAGUUCACCUCAGCAUCCAGUUGUUUCUCAGCAUUUCGGUACUUCUCAGCACGGGCCUUACCAGCAAGCGUGCCAGCCGCAACCUAAUCCUGCCCAUGGACAGAGUCCCGCUCAUGCAGCACCUCAGCCAUGCUUCAAUUGUGGCAACUCGGGUCACUUCGCGAUGGACUGCCCGGAACCGAUACGUGAGGUUCCAGCAGGAAAGUUAAACCCGCAAGCCUUUCAAAAUCCAUUGAGAAAAUCCAAAAAUGGUGGUACUGUGGCCACCCAACACCAAUACACGCCACAUCCCGGUCAUACACAAGUCUCGCCAAAAGGGUACCCACCACCCCCUCAUGGGCAAAUGGAGUAUCCCCAACAUCAUCAGUAUCAACAAGCGUAUAGUCCUGCCACUCCGCUUUCGGCGCACUCACCAGCUCAAGCGCAAUACUAUCAGCAAUGGCAACAGUACUACCAAUCUCAACAAGCUUAUCAGCAAGGCAACCAGCACCACCAAGUGUCACCGCAUCACCAACAGCCAUAUAUGGCUCCACAUGGUCAAGUUACGGGAUAUCCAAACGGUUCUCAGACGCCCAGCCAGGCGUCUGUCCAAGCCUCGCAAUACACUGGCGGCUCCCAGAUGUACCAAUCACAAUUCACGCCAGCUUCAGCUACUUCUGUCCAAUCUAAUCAACAGUCUUUUGGCGCUGAGGCCACGGCCCAGCCAGACCAGCGAAUGGAAUCCUCCGCAUCUAUGAAGUCCCAGUCUACCCCACCAAGCUCAGACCAAGCUCAGGUCCUAGACUAUGAUUUUGAAGACGAUGACUUGGACUCUCUUGACAUACCCGAUUUACCACAAUCCAGGUUACAUUUCACCAAUGCAUCACAACAAUCUGUCUAUCUUAUCAGUCAACCUCUACCAGGGAACUUUAUUGUUGCGGACGCUCUAGCACCGUUUCCGCAGCCAGCACCUCAAGAUAAAGGCUAUUGCAAGUCAAAGUACCAAUACGAUGGAAGUCUCGAAGCCUGCCUUGAGCAAUCCAAAGAUUCAAAGUACUGGGACAAAGAACACGCAGAUGAUAUCGCUUUCUCUGAUCUCCCAGCUGACGGUAAGGUUGUUCCUGUUGGCGAAAUCCUGCUGAAGAUCAGGCAACGUCGCGCGCAUCCAGGAUCAAGCGAUGAAUUGAACAGAGAUUCUCGCAGUCGGUCGCGAACAAUUUCCAUGAACCAGGAUUCGCUCGAGGUAAAAAACACGCUAGACAGGAUGGAGCGUGAACUGGCAGAGACCAAAGCGAGGCUUCAAGAAAAGCUUGAAAAGGGGAAGCCGGCAAAUCCAGUGCACGCAUCCCCACUACAGUCGGUGAAGCCGGAGCAGCAUCCGCUUGGGGAUCACGAGGUUAAAGAAGAAUACCAUACACCCCCAGAACCUGCGACCUUUGGGCAACCAAUAAAAUCCGAACAGGACCCUGAGGAUGUUCUCGCAGCUUUAGGUGUGACUGGAGCACCGAAGCCAGUCACAGCAACUACUUGGCCAGAUCAAUACAUUGGACAUGGCUCACCUAAUGAUACGCAUGUGUCACGUAGUAGAAGCUCGUCGAGAGCAGAUAUUCUUGGUGGAGACCAGCAUCAAAAACAGUCCGACCCUAGUCAAGUACCCCCAGAGCACCAAACCAAUGGUUCAAUUUCCUAUAACCAACACUUCGGACCUCUUCCGCCGCCGCCAAUGCCUUUCAGACAGCAACCGCAUCCAGAUGGAACUGAUGGCAGCCCACUGUCUGCUGGACUCGCCAACGUUAAUCCCUUUGGCUACAGCACUAACGGUGUAGAUCACAGCAACGGUAAUGGCAAUGGGUUCUUCACCCCGCCGACAGAUGGACAAGCUCUUUCACCCACUGAAUUACGCUCAGAGAAGUCGCUGAGCCGCAAACGACAUCGAGAUUCCUCCUCUGAUGAGGAAGACGCUCCGAAAAGACGCCAAGAAGACGACUAUACGCCGAAGCUCAAGAAGCGUCAACCCAAAGUCGCCGAGGCGUACAGUCGCCGCUGGUAG